CUUUUGUCUGGUUGUUGGCGUCGAUGUUUAGCUAAUUCCCUCAUUAAACCACAACUCUUCACUGGCAGAGGCUGACAGCUCACUCGCUCAGGGUUUCUGCCUGUUUCAUCUUCCUAACGCAACCGCAUUCGGGAAACUAAAGGAAACAGGGGAGGUAGAUAGAGAGAGACAGAGAGAAAAGGAACGCCUUUCGGUUUCGGUGAGCUGAAUAUAAUUGAUUUCAGAUUCUUUGAGGAGAGGAGCUGCUGGAAAAUUUUCUCUCUCCUCCAUCCAUGGCGUCUUCUUCCUCUCCGACGAGCAUAAACGAGGCGUUGACGGACGACGAGCUGCGGUCGAUUCUGGGCAAGCUGGAGGAUGACAAGGACAAGGAGAUAUUUGGGUUGGUGUGCAAAAGAUGGCUGAUAUUGCAGAGCACAGAGAGGAGGAAGCUUGCUGCUCGAGCUGGCCCUCACAUGCUUCAGAAGAUGGCCGCCAGAUUCUCCAGGCUGCUUGAGCUGGACCUCUCUCAGUCCGUCUCCAGGUCAUUUUACCCUGGCGUCACCGACUCCGAUCUCGCAGUUAUCGCCGAUGGCUUCAAGUCCCUCCGACUCCUCAAUCUGCACAACUGCAAAGGUAUUACUGAUCGUGGGGUGACGUCAAUCGGGCAAGGGCUGCCUGCCCUACAAUCAUUGGACGUGUCCUAUUGUAGGAAGCUAACGGACAAGGGGCUAACGGCAGUGGCCGAGGGCUGUCCCAAUUUGAAAAGCCUCCAUCUUGCUGGCUGCAGAUUCAUCACGGACGAAAUCCUCAAAUCACUCUCCACUUACUGCGCCAAUCUAGAGGAACUCGGCCUCCAAGGAUGCUCCAACAUAACAGAUUCCGGACUUGAAGAUCUCGUCGCAGGCUGCCGCAGAAUCCAGUUCCUGGACAUCAACAAAUGCAGCAAUGUAGGAGAUUCAGGAAUCUCCAGUGUUUCUAAAGCAUGUUCUGCUUCCUUAAGGACACUAAAGUUGCUGGAUUGUUACAAAGUAGGGGAUGAGUCCAUAUUUUCAUUGGCAAGACAUUGUGUGAAUCUCGAGACGCUUAUAAUUGGUGGCUGUCGUGACAUCUCCGAUGAGAGUAUGAAGUCUUUGGCCAAUUCGUGUGGCCGCAGCUUGAGGAAUUUGAGGAUGGACUGGUGUCUGAAUGUGUCGGAUUCUUCGCUGGGCUGUAUACUCUCAGAGUGCAGGAAGCUGGAGGCAUUAGAUAUCGGGUGCUGCGAAGUGAUAACUGAUGCUGCAUUUGAAGGGUUUGGAAUGGGGGAUGAAAAUGGAAUGAAGCUCAAGGUUUUGAAGGUGAGUAACUGCCCAAAGAUCACGGUGAGUGGAAUAAGCUUGGUUUUGGGGAAAUGUAGGUCCUUGGAGUAUCUGGAUGUGAGGUCAUGCCCAUUCGUGACUAAGUUGGGGUGCGACGAGGCUGGGUUGAAGUUCCCUGAUUCUUGUAAAGUGAACUUCAACGGAAGCUUGAACGAACCUGAUGUUCUCGUCUGAGAUGACCAGCGUGUCGGUUAAUGUGUAUGUAAAAUUUGGGGAGGGUGUUGUACAAUACUGGAGAUUGGUGGGUUUCAUGUCAUGAUAAGUCUCUGCAGCAUAUGUGAAUGCUGAUUGUAUCCUUAUAGUUUAUCUGUGGAAGGAUUCUGAUACUUUCAUUUGUAUUUACGUGUUCCAUCAUAAUGGAUAAGAACCUGUGGCUGAAUUGAUCUUCCAAAAUGUCCAAGCUGUGGUUGAAUAGACAUGGCUGGCUGCAUGAACUGUGACUGCCAUGCUUGAUGGGAUGAUGGGGAAGAUAAAUUAUUAAAUUGUAUGAGAUCCAUGGUUGGUGCAAUUCUUUUCCUUCCAGUGGGAUGUGGGGCGGAGUUUCUCUGGCGAUCGUGAUGCAUUGACAAGUAACCAACUUUGCUUAUCUUCAAGGUCUACUCGCUGUAUAGGUUUGUUGUUAGUGUCCUGUACUUCUGUUGUGUAAUGGGUUUCACUUGCAAGUGAUGGUUUUGGCUUGGGCAUUUGGCACGUGUGAAACAAAUUGGACUUGCUCUUUUUCUGCAAAAUGUGACUGCAAAAUAACACCUUUUGUUGUGUUUAAUGAACUAAUCUUGGAAUA